AUGUCCAGCUCCGGCAAAGGUUACUCAUACACCGGCUCUGGCACCAACAACCAGGGAAACCAUUACUGCUCGCGCGACUAUGGAACUGGAUCCGACUCUAACGGGUCUGGCCGUGGUGAUGCCUACCACUAUUCGAACAGCAACGGAUCCUACUACUACUCCAAUUCCAAUGGUAGUACCUACUACAAUGAUGGAAAUGGUGGUUCGACCUAUACUCCUUCUGGUGGUAAGAAGUGA